AACGGCUCUAUGACAAAAGCGAGCCGUGAGGUAGUGGUCUCCGAAACAUGUCUGUUAUCCCCUGGGUUGACAUGCCGAACGUGACCGGGGAUGGGAAUCUCCCUGCCGCUUGAAUCAGCUAUCUACUGUACAGCUGCGAGUCAACUGGAGCGUUAAAACAAACAGAGGCGAGCGGGCUCUUUAUUUAUUCAAGAGAAGAUGGCGGAGUUCUCGCCCGUCCUACCGAUGCGGGAUGGAGGAGGACGGUUUGGCCAGCCCAUCUUCCCUCGGUCCAGGUCCGGUUCCGAGUCAGAGAGCGAACUGUCCCAGAGCCUGGCCCGGACCAAGAUUCGGUCGUACGGAAGCACGGCCAGCGUCACGGCCUCCCUCGGGGAGAAAUACAUUGAGCAUCGGGUUACAGACAGUGAUACCCUGCAAGGGAUUGCUCUCAAAUACGGUGUUACGAUGGAGCAAAUCAAGAGAGCCAACAAGUUGUUCAGCAACGACUGCAUCUUCUUGAGGAACAGCCUCAACAUCCCUGUGGUGUCCGAGAAGCGCUCCAUAUUUAAUGGACUGUCUCUGGAGUCUCCUGAUGGGGACGGGGAAGCAGCAUGCCAGGAGGCAGACACACCCUGUAUAAUGACGCAGGAUAUUGAGGGACCCUCGCCAACUGCUUCCCCGCCCCCCGGGGACUCCAAACCCCCCCAGCCCCAGCCCCAGCCAGAGGAGCUGUCAGCCAAAGACUUCUUACACAGACUGGACUUGCAAAUUAAACAGUCAAAGCAGGCUGCACGCAGGCUGAAAGAGGAGGAAGUAAGGAGCAGUGAGGAGGACUACACGGCCCCCACAACGUCAUACCAGGAGAUUUAAAUGAUCAGUCUGUUUACCUGAAGCCCUGUGUCAGUCACACACACACACACACUACCACAAUGUCCUUGCUUUUGUUUUUUCCUUUACUUUUUUGCUUUUACCAAACCACCUCGAACAGAAGUGUCAUGUUUGCCUUUUAUUUAUUGAUAUGCAAUUGUUAUAAUGUAUAUGAUGGUUAUUGUUUUGUAUGGUUUUACUGGGCGCGCAGAGGAGCAUCUGAUAUAAAUAGCAUCAGAGCACAUGUGCCCAUCCACUCAUCUUAUGCUUCUGAAGCUGCUGUACAGAACCCACCUGCUGCAUAUUUUCACAUAAGCACACACUCGCAUACACUCACACACAGACACACAGAGAGCGCUAAGCAAUUCCAGAAGGAUUAGCUUGUUAGACUUGCUAACCGCUUCUGAUGUUCUCAAUCCCCUCCUAGAAUAGUAUCAUUGGAAAGCAUAUUCGGGCCUUCCUCAUCAGUGUUUACCCUGCCUGUGUGAGCUCACCCCAAACAGAGGCGGUGGAUGGACUCAAGCCUUUGUUGCAUUUGCUUCAUAGAAGCUUUUUUUUUUUUCCUUUGGGAACAGAAGGGAUUCCUCUAUUUUUGAAGUGUGAAUGCAUUAUUUAUGUGUGUGGAGAACUGUCUGUAACAGCUGUUUUAUUGUGCUUUUAAAUUCUGUUUGGUUUUAUUUGGAGAAUAAAUAUGUAUUUACAGCAGA